AUGAAGCUGAAGCGCGCAAAGGCAGGCUCUCUUGCUUAUAAAAAGCUUCUUCACCAAUAUGAACUCAACUUCGGCUUCCGCGAACCCUACCAGGUCCUGCUCGACUCACAGAUCCUUGAAGAUGCCUACAGAUGCAAGAUCGACCUUGUCGCGCGACUCCAGAAGAUGCUCGGUGGCCAAGUCAAGCCCAUGAUCACGACAUGCGACAUGCGCCAUCUAUACCUCGCGAAGCCCAAGAACGAAACCCUGAUCCUCCAAGCAAAAGAGUACGAGCGGCGAAGAUGUAACCAUCAGGAUCUCGAACAACCGCUGUCUACCCUCGAGUGUCUGAGUUCAGUCGUGGACCCCAAAGACAACAAGACCAACAAGUUCCGCUACAUUGUAUGCAGCAACGAUGUCGACGUGCGCAAACGAAUGCGCCGCAUUGCCGGCGUACCGCUCAUAUACAUUUCGAAAUCGGUGGUGCUCAUGGAGCCCAUGGCAGAUGUCACAGAGGAAUUGCGCGAACGAGAAGAGAAGUCAAAGUUUAGAAUGGGGCUCAAAGGUCAGCGGAAGCCGGAGGCAGGUGAGAAGCGGAAGCGCAAUGAUAGCGAGGCACACGAUGAAGAACCUACUGAGGUUAAGCCUACGGAAGACGCAAAACCUUCGAAGAAACGUCAAAAGGGCCCUAAGGGUCCUAAUCCGCUCAGCGUAAAGAAGGCCAAGAAAGACACAGGCCCACCCAAACCCAAGGCUACCAAGCCAGCAAAGUCUGCCGAGAAAGAUGGGGACCAACCGACCGCACCAGGUGCCGGUGAAAAUGCUAUCAACGAAGGCGACGCUAAUGAUCCAGCACCUCGCAAGAGAAGACGGAAGUACAGGUCUAAAGCAGGAGCAAGUGUUACUGCAGACGGUGAAGAAGCAGGUUCACCUUGA